AUGCCGAACGCGCAAACGCCAACCAGUCAUUUCGACACACCUGCUGUCUUGACCUGCGUCGCAGAUGACUGCUUUCAGACUGCGCAUGCGGCUGUACAGGACAUCGCGACGUCGCUGGACAAGCAGCGCGUGGACGAAUACUACAAGCUCGUCGCAACAGGCCUUGGUUGUCUUGAUGCCGCACUCAACCUGAACAAGCUGCCCCCACGCGCUGAGGCAAACAUUCGGUUGCGGUAUGCGACAGCGCUGAGCGAGGAAACCGACAACUUGAUGGAAGCAGAGACGGCCUUGACCAAGGGCAUCGCAGUCUGUGAAAAGAACCGAUUCACGGAUCUGAAAUAUUGCAUGCAAUUUCAGCUGCUUAAGGUCCUGUUCAGGAGAAAUCGCAAGGCCGCCUUCGUGGAGAUAGACAAGAACAUACAGGAUGCGAUUACGUAUAAAGCGGUCGACUGGGUGUACGCGUUCCGGUUUUUGAAGGCUUCUCUCCACCUCCAAUCUAGCAACCCAGCUGAUGCACAGGCUCUGGAUAAUCUCCGCAGCAUCACGAGCCUUGCGAACAACCGAGGUGACCUUGCGAUAGCUGUAUUGUCGUCUCUUCUCGAAGGGAUAGUGCACCUCAAGGCCAGGAAAGAAGACUCGAUCGUGCGGGUGCAAACGUGCAUAGCACAAGCAUCAAGAUACCAGCUCGACCCGUCUGUCCAAAUACCCCAAGUCGAAGUGCUCACCCUCCUCCUGGACCUGGCCUGCACGUUGCAGCAAAAGGCGCCACAGAUUGCCAUGCAGAAACUCAAGGCGCUGCAGGCCCGCAUGGACGAGCUUGUUCAGGCACACGACUGGGAUAAGAUGCUGGACGUGCUCCAUCUUCCGCUGAAGAGACAGCCCAACUCGAGCGCGGCGGUCACUGGUGACACAAAAACCAUCAUCUUACCUGGAGUCGGGGAGCACAACCUUAUUGUCUUGUCAUUCGUCACCAAAGUUCAUGCAUUCGUUCUGGCAUACGUCUUGAGCGGUCUAGCAUUGUUGUAUCAAGGGGCUAAGAGCGAAAAGGUCAUGGAGUACUGGUCCGAGGCCUUGAACAUGCUCGGAAAAACUCCUCCACACGCCCGACCACCCGCUCACUCCCUGCCGAUGGCCAUAGAGCAGGCCAGAUGGCAAGCGGAGGUGAAGCGCUACGUCUACGCCCUAAUUGCAUUGAUAUCGGCCACACGUACACAGUGGAACAAGGUGCACGACUGCAUCCAGAAGAUCGAAGCGUUGAGCCCGAAGCCCGAGGGUGGCCGGCUUGGUCUGCUGGUGCUAUACGUGACAGGAGUGUAUCAUCAGGGCACUGGUGAUAUUGACAGAGCGCUCCAGAUAUUCAGCGACCAGCGCUUUGCUAUCCCAGCCGCCGGCACCGACGAUAGCAACGCAGGGACACCACCUCCCGAGGUAGCCCUCCUUGCAGCGAUGAACAAGAUAUGGAUCAUGCAAGAUUCAAAUCACCGAGACGACGGAGAGCUCACUGAAUUCAUCGAGAAAAUUACACCGUACUGUUCGGACCAUGCAGAUGUCGACAUCCGCACCGCCUUCAACCUCAUGCAAGCGGCACUUCAGACAGAACCUCGCCAAUCGAUGCAGACGGUCAAGAAACACAUCCAGGUCGGUCUGAAGUGGGCACAGGGCGCGAACAAUACGCAGCUUCUUGCCGUGGCUCUGAACCUGAUGCGGUCGGUGCUCUUUGAGAACGUCGUCGGUGACCAGGCUGUCAAGAGCGCCAAGGCAGGGCGACAGCAGGCCCACAAGGCGGGAAACCUGCUAUGGAUGAGCGUAGCCGACGGCAUGCUGGCGCAGACAGAGGAGAUGCAGGGGCAGGUGGACGAGGCGGAACGGCUACGCCAGGACGGGACGCGGUUUGCGAACCAGGCUUUUGCGAAGCCUGACGGGGAUUGA